AUCCUCCAGGCGUCCGCGGAGGACUGUUUUCGCCCAGAGCAGCUAUGAGCAAGCGGAACCAGGUGUCGUAUGUGCGGCCAGCCGAGCCGGCCUUCCUGGCCCGCUUCAAGGAACGGGUCGGCUACAAGGAAGGGCCCACCGUAGAAACCAAGAGAAUCCAGCCUCAGCUCCCAGAAGAAGAUGGUGAUCACAGUGACAAAGAAGAUGAACAGCCCCAAGUGGUGGUUUUAAAAAAGGGAGAUCUGUCAGCUGAAGAAGUCAUGAAAAUUAAGGCGGAAAUAAAGGCUGCCAAAGCAGAUGAAGAGCCAGCUUCAGCUGAUGGAAGAAUUAUGUAUCGAAAACCAGUCAAGCGUUCCUCAGAUGAAAAAUAUGCAGGUUUAUCAGCAAGCUCAAAAAAGAAAAAGACAAAAGAAGAAGAUGAAAGAAAUAAGCAGGACUCAGUUGAAAAGAGCUCACGAAAGCAGAUCAAAAACAGUAGCCUCCUUUCUUUUGACAAUGAAGAUGAAAAUGAAUAAAUACAUAUUAUGGACUUCUUUAAGAAUAUAUGGGAUUUUUAAACAAUAAUAUCUUUUUUCCUAUUAUAAAGUAAUAUAAGUUCAUUGAAGAAAAUUUAGAAAAUUCAGAAAACAUUCAGCAAGAUAAAAACUGUAUCUAUCCAUCAAUACCCUUUUGACCUGAACUGCUAAUUCUCUAACAUUAACUACCACUAACAUUUUAUUUCCUGAUGUUUGAUGUGUGUGUAUGUAAAUUAUAUUUUUGUAACCAAAUUUUUACUGUAUUCUGUAUGUUCUCUGUCCUGCUUCUCACUUGACAUUGUACGUGAGCAUUUUUCCAGGUCAGUAAAAUUCAAAAUCCUGACACUAAUAACUACAGAGGAUUUUGUAAUUAAACAGCUCCCAUGUUUUAUCGUCCUCU